AUGCGUUUCGGCAAGACGCUUCAGUCUUCCUUCUACGAGCCAUGGAAGGACAAAUACCUCGACUACCCCAAGCUCAAGAGCAUGCUUCGUGAAGACGAAUACGAGGAGGACGAGUCUUGGACGGAAAACGACGAGACGAGAUUCAGCGACGAGAUCUUCAACGUCCAGCUGGACAAGGUCACCAGCUUCCACGAGGCAAAGUUCAAGGAGCUCAAGGACCGCGUCGACUCCGCCUUCGAGAAGCUCAAGGAGCUGCCCACUUCCGAGGAUGGCCAGCCGCGAAGCGAACUCGCCACCCAGCGCCUCAAGGAGCUCGAGGCCGAGCUGGACGCCAUCACGAACGAGGUCAACGAGCUCAAGAGGUACAGCAACAUAAACUACACCGGCUUCCUGAAGAUAGUCAAGAAGCACGACCGCAAGAGGGGGCUGCGCUACAAGAUCCGGCCGUUGAUGAUGCAGCAGCUGUCGGACCGGCCCUUCAACUCGGAGCAGGCAUACGCCCCGUUGAUCCACAGGCUGUCGCUGGCAUACUUCACCGUUAAGCAGCAGCUAGAGGAGGGCGUCAGCGAUGGGGUCAUGGCAGAGUUGCAAGACGGCGUGCAGGAGACGCGCAACGGCGAGACAUAUUCGGCGCACAAGUUCUGGGUACAUCCCGAUAACCUGCUCGAGGUCAAGACCUUCAUUAUGCGCCGCUUGCCUAACCUGGUUUACAGCGAGGUCUCGGCAAAGGAGGUCGACGGCAACGAAGACCCUAGCCUGACUUCCCUGUACUUUGACAACUCCAAGUUUGACCUUUAUAAGCGCAAAGUUGAGCGCGAGACCGAGGCGUCUUCCUUGCGGCUACGGUGGUAUGGGCAGUUGAGCGCCUCGCCCGAGAUCUUCCUGGAACAGAAGAUCGUCCACGAGGGCGGCAGCAGCGAAGAGCGCAAGUUCACCAUCAAGGCAAAGUAUGCCAAGCCUUUCAUCGAUGGCGAGUACAAGAUGGAGAAGACCAUCGCCAAGAUGGAGCGGCAGGGCCAGAGCGAGGAAGAGGUUGCCAAGUUCAAGUCGACGGUGAACGGUAUUCAAGAGUUCAUCAAGGAGCGCAAGCUGCAGCCUGUAGUACGGGCGAACUAUAAGCGCACAGCAUUCCAGAAGCCGACAGACGACCGCAUCCGCAUAUCCAUUGAUACUGACCUGGCAUUCGUCCGCGAGGACACCUUGGACUCCAGGCGGCCAUGUCGGGACCCCAACGAGUGGCACCGACUUGAUAUCGACAACAGAAAUAUUGGGUAUCCCUUCAAGGACAUCAACCAGAGCGAGGUCUCGAGGUUCCCCCACGCCCUGUUGGAGAUCAAGCUGAAGGAAGACGGCCGGCGCAAGCGACCGGAAUGGAUCGAGGACCUCAUCUCAUCCCAUAUGGUCCACCCUGCAGCUCGCUUCUCAAAGUUUGCGCACGGUGUUGCCGUCCUUUUCGACGACUACGUCAACACCCUGCCCUUCUGGCUGAGCGACCUGGACAAGGAGAUCCGCAAGGACCCGCAGGCGGCGUUUGAGGAAGAGGAGCAGAAAAAGGCCAGGCGCGCCGCCGACGAGCAGGUCGUAGGCAGCCUGCUCGGCAACAAGAUGGGCUCGUUCCAGCCGUCCAAGAGCUCACCUGUCAGCAGGUCGUACCUGGCAGAGCGGAUCGCCAGCGAGAGCGGAGCGGGGCCGGCUGGCUCAUCCGCGUCCACCGCAGUGGCCGGCCGAGCCCCCCGCGAGAAUGGCGACUCCGCGCAGGGCGGGCAGCGGGAGGAGCAGGGCGGGCAGCCACAGCAGCGUGGCUACGGCACCAUCAUGCCCUCCUUCUCGAUCAUCACGCGCUACGCCAAGUCGCGACAGCGCAGGCGCGAUAACGUCCAGCUGCCCGAGGGCGUCACCGAGCCCGAGACGUGGAUCAAGAACGAGGGCCCGCUCAAGGUCGAGCCCAAAGUGUGGCUGGCCAACGAGCGGACUUUCAUGAAGUGGCAGCAUAUCUGCGUGCUGCUGGGCGGCCUGGCCGUCGCGCUGUACACGGCCGCGGGCAAGAACAUGCUGGCCCUGGCAUUCGGCAUCGUCUACCUCGCCAUCGCCGCCUUCGCCGGCGGCUGGGGCUGGCUCAUGCACCGUACGCGCAGACAGAUGAUCGUGGACCGCAGCGGGAGGGACUUUGACAAUCUCGUCGGGCCCAUGGUGGUCAGCUUCGCGCUGGCGGCUGCCCUCGUGCUAAACUUUGUGUUCCAGUACCGCGCUGCUGCUCAGCGGUUUGAUGCAGCUGCAUCACUUGGAGUGGCUAACUCGACGUUGGCACCGUUGCCUGUCGUGGACGAGCUCCUGCGAUGA